UUCCAGUCCUCAAGCAAAUAUUUGACAUUUAGCCGAAGGGUUUCGAUACGAAAAUUUUUUACUAGCUCUCACUAAAAGUUUUAUGUACAAGCGAAGCUUUUAGAAAAUUUGUCGCAUUCUGGGGCAUUAUUUUAAUGAUAUAAUCGUUUUUGUGACUAGUCAUAAAAAGUCUCUGUGUUGGUUUGGGCAGAAUAGUAACUUGAAUUAUGAGGAAACGAGGAGGAUAUCGUCGUAGCCGUAGUCGUAGUCCGCGUCGUGGGGGUGGAUCGAAUAAACGGUAUGAAGUUGGAAAGAGCCAGAUACUGAAGCCCGUUAAUUGGAAUCACCACAAAUUGGAACCAGUAGUCCGUACGCCAUAUCGGCCAAAGACGGAGUAUCGUCGAUCGGAACGUGAAAUUACUGAGUGGAGGAAAGCGAAAGAAAUUACCAUCAAGGGUCGUGAUGUUCCCGAUCCGAUAUUCACCUUCGAGGAAGGUGGUUUCCCAGCAGAAAUUGCGGAUGAGUUUCGUUAUUCUGGGUUCACAAGCCCAACGCCGAUUCAAUCGCAAGGUUGGCCAAUUGCACUUUCCGGUAGAGAUAUGGUCGGUAUAGCGAAAACUGGCUCAGGCAAGACACUUUCCUAUUUGCUGCCAGCAGUGCUGCAUAUUGACCAGCAGUCACGUAUUCGUCGGGGAGACGGACCGAUUGCGCUAAUCCUAUCACCCACUCGAGAGUUGGCCCAGCAGAUUAAGCAAGUUACGGAUGAUUUUGGGCGUGCAAUGAAAGUGAAGAAUACAUGUCUUUUCGGAGGAGGUGGAAAACGACAACAGAGCUACGAUCUGGAACAUGGCGUUGAGAUUGUAAUCGCCACUCCUGGCAGAUUGAUUGAUUUUUUGUCGACCGAUCACACUAAUCUUCGGCGAUGUUCUUAUCUCGUGCUGGAUGAAGCCGAUAGGAUGUUGGACAUGGGCUUCGAGCCCCAGAUCCGAACCAUUAUUGAACAGAUUCGACCAGACCAUCAAACGCUCAUGUGGUCCGCCACUUGGCCGGAUGCGGUUGCGCGUCUGGUGAAGGAUUACCUCAAAGACUACAUUCAGAUCAAUGUAGGUUCGCUCAAGCUAGCUGCCAACCAUAAUAUUUUGCAAAUUAUCGACGUAUGUCAAGAGUACGAGAAGGAACAGAAACUUAGUAUUCUACUGCGAGAGAUUAUGGCUGAGAAGGAGUGCAAAACGAUAAUCUUCAUCGAGACAAAAAAGCGCGUCGAUGAUAUCACUCGCAAAGUGACCCGUGACGGCUGGCCGGCAAUGUGCAUUCACGGGGACAAGUCUCAGAAGGAACGAGAAUAUACACUCAAUUCAUUCCGUUCGGGUAAGACACCUAUCCUGAUCGCCACUGACGUUGCCGCUAGAGGAUUAGAUGUUGAUGAUGUGAAAUUUGUGAUUAACUUCGACUACCCAACCACUUCGGAGGAUUACAUCCAUCGUAUUGGACGCACCGGUCGCUCGAACAACACUGGAACGGCGUACACUUUCUUCACGCCAAACAACGUUGGUAGGGCCCGCGAGUUGAUUGAUGUUCUCAGAGAAGCUAAGCAAGUAAUCAACCCAAAACUGUUGGAUAUGGCCAACAGUCGCAUGAAAGCACGCGAUAACAGAAAUCACGUAAGCUCUAGAUAUCCUCGCCCACGUCGGUCACGAUCAAUUGAUCGUCGAGGAACUUACAGGCGACAUUCACAUUCGCGCUCUCGCUCUCGAUCCCGUUCGCGUUCUCGUUCACGCUCGGUUUCACCUAGGUUCUCCAAGCGGGAUGUGUAUCGUCCAGUGAAGCGUAGCGCUUCCCGCGAAAGUCGAAGUGAAGCGAGCAGCCGUAGUGACAAUCGAAAAAAGAGCUCCCGCCGGAUCAGCCGUUCAGCUAGUCGAUCUCCACCGCGUGGUGGAGCCAAGGGAGGAAACGGGGCGGGCGACAGAAAACGCAAUGGAAGAAGCAAAUCGCCUAUCACCCGUAAGAACCGUAGCCGUAGUCAUAGCCGCAGCAGGAGUCGCAGUCGCGAGGGACGAUUCCGCUCGGCUAAGAACGGCAGCAGCGGAGCCAACUACGACAGGUAUUAAACAUUGGAGAUCAGAUGUGUUUUCAUUCCCAGUAUAUGUGAAAGAAGUAAAUGUAUGCGGUACGCCCACAACUAGCAGUAAAACAAUCCCAAAAUUAUUUGUAAAGAUGUACUUUCUAUAUAGAAAGUGAACGAUCAGCUCUAUUCGACAUUCUACAAUAUGAAUUUUUGUAAAGUGUAAUACCAAUUUUAUGCAUCUAGUUUAGUGAUAGUUAUAAAGGGAUUUGGCUCUCUUAAAAAACAAAUGUGCAAAUAUUUUAUCUCUUCGUGACCUCUGCUAACGAUUCAAUCAACACAUUUCUGAAAAACGCAGUUUCGUCAAAUAAAUCCUGGGCGCAUGUUUAACUGUUUAAGUUUCAUUUUUCCAUUGUGUAGACCCACCUUUUAUAACCGGGAACGUUUGUGUAAGGUACAAUUUUUUUACUGAUUAUGCAUUCAACGAUAGUACUCGAAUAGGUGAAAAAGCCGAAGAAUUUAUAUUCGUGUAUUAUUUUUAAAUUUUGAGUUACACUAUGCUUGUAAUGGUCAAUUUAGAACCAAUCUUGUUACGAUACACAAAAUGCUAAUAUACGUUGUAUGUCUUAUACAAAAGUUAACCUGUAUGAAACUGAGGGCUGAAUAAAGUUGAUGUAUCAGGA